UGUCGAUGUUAUUUUUUAUUAAGCAUGUAAGCAAAUUAAAAUUCGUGCAGAACAGUGGGUUUUUAUUCGAUUUUCUUCCCUGAAAGUCCCAAAGGUUUUUCUUUUUAGGUUUCAAAGGCAAUCAAUCAAUGGAUCUGCGUCAGAAAGUUAUAGAUUUGUUGACUUUGUCUAAAGAAGUGGGAGACUUACCUUCGUCCGUUGCAGCACCUGCUGAAGAACAACUUGGACUAUCGCUGGCAGAAAUCAAAAGUUUUGACCGCGAAUCUUUACGUGUGCUUCAAGAUACUUGUUCAGAUCCUGAUUCUCAGCAGGAGGUUUUUGAUACAAUAGAAGCAGGAUUUGUUGACGAAAACUGCAAUGGAGGACGAUAUCAAUUAAACAAAUUUCCUUCUGUAAUUGAUUUGAAUUACAUCAGGCACCAAAGACAACUCUUGGGGAUUCAGUUGGGUUGUGUUACAAACAAAUUGUAUACCAUGAUUUAUCAAAAGCAAACCUGUUGUGCCUCAGAACUUUGUAAAGUCCUUGAGCUGCAGGAAAGUCUUGAUUCAGCAUUAGAAAUAUGUACUACUGGGCGCAGCAAUAUAAAUCAAGCAAGAAGCAAUUUGACUGCUGCAAGCCUAGGACUAUUAGCCCAUUAUAGGCGUCAGCAUCAUCUGAGAAAGAUAACAAAAUCUUUGAAAACCAUUCAAACAUUGGGGAAGAUGAAUGAAAGGGUUCAAGAACUCCUUGGAGAACAAAAUUAUGCUGCAGCCAUACAGCUUAUAGUUGAGGGUCAACAUGUUGCAACUACAUACAGACAUUUCCAUUGUGUUGCCCAGUUGAGCUCACGCCUGCAAGAUACUAUGGAGCUUGCAGAAGAACAACUUGAUGUUGGCCUAUCAAAAUCUUGUAAAGAAUUUGAUUCAGAUCAGUAUGCAAAGUUACAGCAGGCAUUCACAUUACUUGGAAAACAAUCAGCAGCAAUUGACCAACUAAACCUUCAUUUUGCAUCAGGACUUCAACAGCAAACGUUGUUGCUUUUACAAAAGUAUGCAGAACUUUCGUGCUCCAGUCGAUCAUCAGCAAACCCGGAUGUAGAAGCUGCCACAGACUUCCAUAAAUUUCAGUUCCAUGAACUUUGCAAAUUUAUUGAUUCGAAGCUUUAUGUGGCAUGUCUAUCCGAGCUGAGCACCACUUUAUGGAAAAUUACACUGAACUAUAAUCAAAUCCAUCAGUGGCAUACCGAUCGGCCAACAGUGGAUGCUGCUGACAUAAUGCCCUCUGUUUCAUUCGAACAAAAAUUUCAGCAUGGAAGAACACGCCUAUGGCAAGAUGUCCAAAUGAAGAUUCGGACUUUGCUAUCUUCGUUUGACGUAUGGCAUCUCAGCACCGAUGAAUUGCUCGAUAUGCUAGACAUUGUAGAAACCCUAGUUGAUAUGGGAAAGCAAUUUUGCCAAAGUAACUCCGAGGUUUUAAGGGAAAGCGUUCGCCGGCAAAGUAUAAACUACUUCCGGGGCUUUCAUCGUGGAAAACUGGAUGAACUUCACGUUUUCUUAGAAAAUGAAUCGUGGGAGCAAUGCCCAGUGCGCUCGGAUUUCAACGUGUUUCAGUUGAUCGAAUUUCGGUUUCUCAAUCAGAAAGAUAAAUCUUUAACCUGUAACGUCGAGAAGCCUUCUGAUGCGAACUUUUAUGCCUUGGGUUCAGUUCUUUCACCGUUUGCGUCACGUGCGAUUUCGUCAGCUGAAGACUCUAUCAUUUGUCCAUCGGAAAUUUCAGAAAGUUCUUGCGAGUGUAACGAUGAGCGUAAAAUAGGUUGUGGAUCUCCAACACCAAUUCUGGCGAACACAACUUUAUCUGUUCUGCGCCUAUUUGGACGAUACAUACAUUUUAUGCAUUUGUUGAAAACAAUCGCGUUCGAUGUGCUGAUUUGCCUGAACCAAUUGUUUGAUUAUUAUUUGUAUGCAGUUUAUAAACUGUUUGGAGCUGCGUCACCACAGGAUGCAACUUCUCCAAAGCUUCGCGCUGUUCUCCUGAAAAUCGAAGAGACUUUAAUUUCAACUGCCGCUCCAGGAAGCGCUGGCUCUCACGAAGAUACUGCAGCGUUCUCGCCGUCUCUCAGUGAUAAAGUGUCAUGUCCAAAAGUCUGCCUUUCUACGCAAACGGAUCAUCCUAAUCACUUUUACGGGCUAAAACUCCGUUUAGUAGCAGCCGAAUCAGUUGUUUUCCUUGCUCAUCAGUUAGAGCUGCUGAGGCCCAAUCUCCUGGAUUUGAUUCCAUCAUCGAAAGAAUCUCUCCUCCAGCAAUUCUUUUCACAAAUUACAUCAGUGGCUCAUGAUCUACGAACACCGAUCUUCAGUUUUGUUGCCCACAGGCAUCUUGAUUCAGAACACAUAACAAAUUUGAUGAGUCGUGUUCAGUGGGAGGUCAAGGAAGUAAUGAGCCAACAUAGUUCCUACGUAGAUCAUAUAUUGCAGGUUCUCAGUGAUUACGAUUCCAGUGUCCUUCGUAUCUGCUAUCCUCUGAUUCUGCCUCCUGAAAUUUACAACAUUUUAUGGGAUCAAAUUCUUCGUGCCUGUUACCAUACGCUACUUGACGGAUUUUCCGCUGUAAGAAAAUGCACCAACGAAGGUCGUGCGUUAAUGCAGUUAGACUUCAGGCAUUUUCAAGUUAAAGUGGAAAGCUUGACCCGUCUAAGACCUCUUCCGGACCCAUCCAUUGUCGAAACAUACAUAAAAGCAUAUUAUUUACCUGAAAAUUCUUUGGAAAAAUGGAUUCAAGAACAAACGGAAUAUACUCCUAGGCAGAUGAUGAAUCUUCUUCAGUGCGUAAGUCAAGGCAGUAAAAAGAUUCGUCUGAAUUUAACUUCCUUCAUGGAAGAUUUAGAUUUGAAUCGUCGAUAGGAGACCUUUCUUAAAAUAUAAUUUCAAGUGAUUGUAAUUUAUGGUUAAUUGAAAAAUAUACAUGACAUUCCAUUAUGUUCCGAUAA